UAUUAGUGUGGACUCCACUUUUUUAAGUGAUAGAUUGAAAGUUGUGUUGCAUAAACUCUAGUCUAGAACGUUUGGACAGUAAAUAUAACCUCUGCAGAAAACAGUUGUGUCGCAGCAGCAGUAAAUACUGUGUGAUAAACCUUGAACAUACACAAUGAACCUACAGACUAUGAAACCGGCUGCCAUUAGAGAGCUUUUAAGAAAGGGAUUGCACAAAAAUGAAACAACAGCGUUUUGGGCUGAAGGAUACAAGCAGGCCAAUCUGGCCGUGAUGCCAAGCGCCUAUGCUGCGGAUUUUAAGAAGUUUGCUCAUGGGAACGAAGGCUCUCUACCUGUUCUAUAUACGUUAGCGAAGUGGGCGAAACUACGGCUGGUUAUCUCAGCCAACAUAGUAAAGUCACAACUGACGUGCCCGCUUACCAAGUGAUUUCUAAAGGGAAAAGAAAGAUAGUUGAAAAUUUGAAAGAAUACGACUGGUCGGAUAUGGUAACGUUCUACAUCGGCUGCAGUUUCUCAUUCAACAAAAUCAUGCUGGAAAACAGCUUACUUACACCAAGCGCGAAGUGCGUCUCAAUGUAUAAGACGAAUAUUGAAUGUUACCCCAGCGGUCCUUUCAAAUGUAAAACCAUCGUAAGCAUGAGGGCUAUGCACAAGGAUAAAUUGUCGCAGAUACACCAGAUCACGUCCCCACUAAAAGAUGUACACGGUGCACCAAUACAUUAUGGAAAUCCAAGUGCAAUUGGGAUCCCUAAUCUUAAGGAUUGUUUUGCCGGUAAAACUACCGAUUUCGACGCUGAUGAAAUUCCAGUGUUUUGGGCUUGUGGUAUGACUGCUUUUGAAGCGAUAUCUACUGCAGGUUUAGAGUUGGCUUUUACGCAUGGACCUGGAUCUGUCUUUCUAACUGACGUUCUCCAAGAGAAUAUAAAGGAAGCAAAAGACCCGAAAGAGUUGUGCGAAGUUAUAGAAUACAGUCCUGGCAUGUACAGCGCGUUGUCAAAGCAUGCUGUCGAUAAAUUGGAAGCGUUGGAUAAGAUCGUACAGUGUGAUCUUGGUAAGAGAGGAAUUGAUCAGCUUAUCGUGGAAGGAGAUUUCAUCAAAGCUGCUCUUGCUCUUUCUCAUGCCAACAAAGUUGCCAUAGUAACAGGAGCACCGGUGCAUCAAACCCACGAGCAACCUGAUGAGACAGAUGGUCUGCCAGGUGUGAUUAGUUUGGCUGCCGCUCUACAAUCUCUGGAUAAAACCAUUGACGUGCUAGCAGACUCCUACAGCUUCACAGUAAUCCAGAAGAUUAUUUCAAAAUGUGUAAAAACAGGGUUGCUCAAAAGCCCAGUUACAGUUAUCCAAGCACAGGAUCUUAGUAUGGUGUACCAGAAAGAUGUUCCGAAGUACGACGUAGUAGUUGCUGCCUAUAGCAUUCAAGAUUUAAGUUCUGAAAUCAAACAGUUGACUAAAGAUAUCACAGAUGCAACUAAAUUUCCCAAUGUUGUAGCAAUUACUCUUGUUCAUAAAUCGGAGAAGAAACCAACUGACAACAUUAACAAAUCCAAUGAAAUACAUGCAGGACUUACAAUUCAAACAGCAAAUUUAAACUUGGCAUUCUGGUCUAUGUCAUGGUCUUUGUAUACGUUGAUGUCUUGCCCCAUCCACGAACGUUAUGUGAGAAAAGCGAUUGGUUUUCCUAUGGACGUUGCUGGAAUGAUGAAAAAAUGGCUACCAAGUAUUGACACGGUUAAAAAAACAAAGUCAAUCAUGCAAGAGUGUUAUACCGCUGAUACUACGGGUAAUACUUUCAACGUCUUAGAAAACCUUCUGGUCGAAAUGGAGCAAAUUGCUGACAAAAAGUAGGCCAGAUUUUAUUGUGCAUAUAAUCGUCUGCUAUGUAUGUUUAUGUUUAUGACAUGUAUAUUUGGUUCGAAAUCCAUCUUCAAGCUUAUUAGCAGGGUGCGGCGUGUCACAAUAGCUUGUCAAAUAAUAGUUGUGGUAUGGUGGGGGAAGAUGGGACAUCUUUAGCAUAUAGUGUUCAAAUAUCCUAUUUUAAACAAAUAACAACGGUCUAUGGGCGUCACGAGGAUAAGGUUUUAUAAUCCCUCGAAUGUUAUUCGUUUACUACCAGUACCAAAUGGGACAAAAAAAUAAGGCGAAAAGGUGUCUCAUCCUCCCCCACCCUAUGUAGGUCACUAUUUAACUGUUAACUAACCUGUUUUUAUCCAUAGCCUGUUUAGUAUACAUUCAGUUUACUCGUUUCUUCUUUCGUUUUAAAUCAGAAUUUUAUCUUGUUUAUAAAACAAACGGUG